UAUCUUAAGUGAAGCGGGCUGGGUUUUGAAAGCGACACGGGCUCUAAAAAUCUUGGGAAGGGUGCGAAGAAAGCUUUGUGCAACUUUUGGCAGGAAUCAGGAGUAGCAAGACCUCUUUUCCGGGGUUCACUGCUGCUAAGUGGGCGCCGACUGUCCGGGUCAUCCAGCGUGAGGUAGAAUACACGUCUCUAUGGUCAAGUAAACGUAGAGCGGUGCCUGCCUUCCCCACGUGGUGGGGGUGCGCACGAUCAGUAGCGGCAGCACUAGGAAGAUGGCCGAGCCCGAGCAAAGAAAAAAGAUCCCUUUGGUUCCAGAAAAUCUCCUGAAAAAGAGGAAAGCUUAUCAAGCCCUCAAGGCCACCCAGGCAAAGCAGGCACUUUUGGCAAAGAAGGAGCAAAGAAAAGGAAAAGGGCUCAGGUUUAAGCGACUGGAAUCAUUCCUACAUGAUUCCUGGCGGCAGCAACGCGACAUGGUGCGUCUCAGACGACUAGAAGUGAAACCUCAUGCUCUGGAAAUGCCAGAUAAUCAUUCCUUGGCCUUUGUUGUACGCAUCCAGAGUCAGGCUGCAGGACCUCGUGGCCAGUGUAAUGUAGUGUGCCAAGUUCUGGCUAAGGCUGUGCUUUAUUCUGCUGCACAUAGAUUUCCAAAUCUGAAGUCUGUCCGGGAACUGAUCUUGAAACGUGGACAAGCCAAGGUCAAGAAUAAGACCAUCCCUCUAACGGACAACACAGUGAUUGAGGAUCACCUGGGGCGGUUUGGUGUCAUUUGCUUGGAAGACCUCAUUCAUGAAAUUGCCUUCCCGGGGAAGUAUUUCCAGGAGAUCUCAUGUUUCUUGCACCCAUUCCAACUCUCAGUGGCCCGUCAUGCUACCAAGAAUAAAGUGGGCUUUCUCAAGGAGGUGGGCACACCUGGUUAUCGGGGUGAACGCAUCAAUCAACUCAUCCGCCAGCUGAACUAGACCCAGGUGAGGCAGGGCUGAAAACUGCCCUGGAGCUGACUGUUGAUGGGCCAUGCCUUGCCACUUAAAAGCUCUUUUUGGAUUUACCAGUGUUUUUGAGAGUAACCUUGAGACUGGGAGGAAAGAGGAGGCUGGUAUUUACAAGGCUAAUGGAUGGAGACCUGCUUGGAAGAGUGAAUACCUGAUGAGGACAUGGGACUAUGUAUUCCUAAGAGUUACAGGCUAGAAAAUGUUGAGUGACAAAAAAAAUCUUGGUAUUCUGUGGUUAUUUAGCUGGAAAUAGGGGAGAAUAUUAAAGACUAAUUUCAAAAAGGAUUUGAAGAUCUCAAUUGUCUGUUCUGUUAAAGAAAUCUUAACUCUUUGAAUUUGCUUUUUUUUUUUGCUGUUCUUGUUUUUUAGGUGUCUGCACUCUAACCAAUGUUAUUACUCUUUGUUGCCAAAUUGCAGUUAAUUUGUGUUAAUGCAGUUAUGUUUUUCUUCCUCAGAGUAUCUGAAAGCUUUGGAAACAUGUGUUUUUGUUUUUGGAAUUAUCAAGUAUCUUCAGAGAAGAUUAUUUUCUGCUUUAUCUUCAAGAACUGGAAGGGAAGGAUCAGGGAAAAGAUAGUAGGUUUUUUUCAUGGCAGUCACCUCUCAUCACAGCCCAGUUCCAAGAAAAGUUACAGUGUUUUCCAUGUUGCCUUCGCCUUCUCUGAAAUCAGCACAUACCAUGGAGGAAGGAUUACUGCUUUGUCUUGUCUUCUAUCAUGGGGUUUAAAGUUGGUGAAUAAAUAACCCAAGCAUGUGUA